AUGUCGUCAUCGAAUAUAAGUACUGCUGAAGUUGAUGCUGUGGUAUAUAGUAAGAUAAUGUUUACGAAAUGUUGGUCAUUUUUAUUAAUAUGCCUGGGCAUAAUUGGUCAUGCACUCAGUAUUUAUGUGUUUACACGACCUAAACUCUGGGCAAAUCCAUGUACACGUUAUUUCCUAGCAAGCUCAAUUUGUGGUGCUUUUGUUACAUGUGUAAACACUCCAUUACGUCUUCUUCAAAGUGGAUAUAAUAUAGAUCUAUUUGGUUAUUCAAAUGUGACAUGUAAACUACUUACAUUUGUUUUGUACUGGUCAAAAACUCUAACAUCUUGGUUUAUUGCUCUUGCUUCUAUUGAUCGGUUCUUGUGUAGUUCACGAUCUACUUCUUUGCGGGCAUGGAGCCAUAUUCGAGUUGCUUCUUGGGCUAAUUUGAUUAUGACUAUUAUGAUUGGUUUUACUUAUAUUUAUGUUCCUAUCCUAUAUCAGAUUCAAGCGGGACAUUUAAGAUGUCCUGCAAAUCAAGGUUCUUUUGCAUUUUUUCAAGGAAUUUGGAAUUUAGUUACAUUCAGCGUAGGUCCACCAUGUGUCAUGUUUUGUUUUGGAUCACUAACCAUUCAUAAUAUUCGACAAACAGGAAAACGAGUUAUUCCUCGAAACAAUCAGAUCAAUGGUCAAACUCAACAGCCUCAAUUACAAUUACAAAAUCAAAAGAAAACAGAUCGACAAUUGAUUCAAAUGAUGAUUAUGCAAUGUGUUUAUUUAAGUAUAACAUCAUCUUUAACCUCAAUCAAUUAUAUUUAUAUGUCAGCAAGGUCUCCUUUGGUCGUAGAUGCUCUUCAAGCUGCUAAAGAUGAUUUGUUUUCACAUAUAACGGGCACCAUAUCUAUUACAGGUGCUUGUACUAGUUUCUAUCUUUUUACAUUAUCAAGUCAACUAUUUCGUGAUGAACUCAUGAAGUUAUUUAAAUAUCUACAGCGACCGUUUAAAAAGUUAUCUGAAAAUAAAACGGGUAUCGCGCGAACAAUUUAA